AUGGGCAAACAUCCCUGGAAGUCCUCGGAGUCGUCCAACUUCAAAUCAAAAUUAACUCAACGACUACAGAUAUAUCUGCCUACGUCUGGAUCCGUUUAUCACACAUUAGGUGAUGCACGAAAAGGAUUAGAAUACUUAGAACAAGCAUUAGAGAUGAGACGAGAUUUAUAUAAAGGAAGUCAUCCAGAUGUUGCAGGGUCGUUGAAUAAUGUUGGAUCCGUUUAUGAUACAUUAGGUGAUGUAAGAAAAGGAUUAGAAUAUAAAGUACAAACAUUAGAAAUGUAUCGAAAUUUAUAUAAAGAAAGUCAUCCCGAUGUUGCAAAGUCAAUGAUUAAUAUUGGAAUGAGUUAUGAACGAAAGGAUUAG